AUGCCGACCUACUCACCGUACGAAGCACUCCCGAAUCUCUCUUGCAUACGGCUCCUUACUAUCGAACCCGGGCUUGAGCGGGAUGAGAUACAUUGUAACUUCCAAGUGGUUGAACUCAGCGAUGCUCCACCAUACGAAGCGGUUUCCUACGUCUGGGGUAACCCAAAUCCUCCAACACUCAUCGUCUGUAAUGGCGUGCGUACGGAAAUCACACCUAAUUUAGCAGAAGCACUCCGACGGUUCCGCCCUUUACCAAAUAGCCGUGGGACACCAAGCACGGUGAAGCCCCAGCGUAAGAGAGGUGAAGACAAUCCGCCGGAGCAGAGCGAGCCAUAUGAACACUGGGCGCGGCGUGUGCCUGCGGACCAGCCGAGCAAUCGCCCUAACCGCUUGUUAUGGAUCGACGCCCUCUGCAUCAAUCAAAAAGAUAACAGCGAGAAAUGCAGCCAGGUCAUGAUGAUGCGAGAUAUCUACGCCCACGCAAAGAAUGUCCUGGUGUGGCUGGGUCCGCACAUCGAGGAGAUAGUGCCUCAAGCGUUGAGAUUGAUGGACACAGCAUUCCGCAACCUCAAACGAGAAAUCACUCCGGGUAAGCCCAGUUCGAUUGUCUACGAAGUCAGCACCAUGGAAAAACACAUGGCGCGCGGCUUUCCAUCGCCUGAAGCUCCGGACUGGAUGGCACUGGAAUGGUUCUACGGCCAGGCGUGGUUCAGUCGUGUAUGGGUGUUGCAAGAGGUUGCCGUUGCCGGAUCCGUCACUGCGUUUCUCGGAGACUUCGAGAUUAAGGCGAACUAUAUCGGUUACGCGGCCCUGUGGUUUGUUAAGAAGGGCUAUGCAAACGAAUUCGGUCCGUUGACGCUGACCGGCGAUCUCAGCAAGGCAGCCUUCUUGCUCAACAGGACAAAGAGCAUGGUAAAUGAGGAUAACCGUCCUAAAUUGCUCUCGCUACUAGGUCGUGUCCGAACAUUCAAGGCUACCUUACCGCAGGACAAGGUAUACGCUGUUCUCGGCAUUGCCCAGGAAGGAAGUUCUUACGCAGAUACGCCUUUGAGACCCGAUUACAACAAGUCAGUAGCUGAGGUAUAUCGGGAUACCACGAGGUACCUCAUCAGCCACAACGCAACCCUCGACGUACUUUCCCAUACAUGUGCACCAGCCACGAACCGAGAUUGCGGUGCUCCGUCCUGGGCUGCACGGUGGGAUGUUCCAAACGGUACGAGGCCUUUAAUCGAUGGAGCAGCAGCGUGUCUGUACACCGCAGAUUGCGGAACGAAGAUGCAUCUCGCGAAUACCGAUAACGAUAAUGUUCUGCGGUUGCGUGGCAUCAGUUUUGACACCGUCCUGUCGUAUUCCGACGUUUUGAGCGACCCGGCGGAGUCACUAAAGCUGUUGUGGCAUAUCGUCCAGUGCCAUGUUGAACAGAAAACAUCUUACGUUACAGGCGAAGACAAUAUAUCGGCCUUUCUAUCGACUGCAACAGCCGGCCGAAACUUUGCAGGUCAACCGGCAAAUGCUGACGGAGACUUCUUGUCGCAUGCGGCGGCGUUCUGGUCGCAUUUCAUCCACGAAGACCCUCUCAAGGUUCUCUUGGACCAACAAAAACAGUUCUGGCGGUUGCGGAGGCGAGUGAGGGCCCUUUGGAAGGUCCUCCGCUCCGGACUGGCGUCAUGGUGGGCCUAUCUACGAGGCCGUGAUACGAUCCUUUCGUACUCCUGGGACGAGUGGUCUUGGGAGGUGGAAGCCAUUGAUGCACGGAUGUUCGAGCGAGCAGCUCUAGCAGUCUUUCCUACCCGAGUCUUCGCCAUCACCUUGAAGAAGUACAUGUGUCUUGGCCCGGCGCAUAUGCAAUCCGGGGAUAGAGUUGUGAUAUUGGCCGGCGGCAAGAUUCCUUAUGUCCUUCGGCCCAGGGGCACUAGCUAUGAGUUCAUCGGCGAGUGCUACGUCCACGGCGUAAUGAACGGAGAAGUCGUCGACUUGUGGAAGCAAGGGAAACUGACUGAGGAAUACUUCGAUCUCCGCUGA